AUGGCUCCACAUUGUUCAACUAAGACCAUAGUUUUUGUCCUUGCACUGAUCAGCAUUUUCUUCCUCAGCGAAACUGAAGCCCAGAGCCGAUCUAAUCCCCGUCAGCCUCCGGCUCCACGCCGUCCUCCACCUCCACGUCGUCCUCCACCUCCACGCCGACCUCCACCUCCACGCCGUCCUCCACCUCCACCACCAUUUGUCUGUCCACCAUGUGUUUGUCCACCACCAGUAUUUCCACCAAAUAACCCACCACCCGUGAUUACACCACCACCCAAAAUUUCACUAGAACCAGAGAUUCAACCACCUGGAACUACACCACCCGAGAUUUCACCAGUAGAUGUUGAACCAAAGAAUCCAACACCCAAUAUAACACCAUCAGAGAUUUCACCAACAGUACUUGAACCAAUCAUUUCACCACCCGAGAUCUCACCAGUAAUAACUGACCCAGAUAUUUUACCACCCGAGAUCUCACCAAUAAUAACUGACCCAGAUAUUUCACCACCCGAGAUUUCACCAACGGAAGCUCCACCUCCCGGGAUUACACUACCAAAUAUUCCACUACCUGAGAUCCCACCAAUAAUAACUGACCCAGAUAUUUCACCAAUGGAAGCUCCACCUCCCGGGAUUACAUUACCAAAUAUUCCACUACCCGAGAUCCCACCAAUAAUAACUGACCCAGAUAUUUCACCAAUGGAAGCUCCACCUCCCGGGAUUACAUUACCAAAUAUUCCACUACCCGAGAUCCCACCAAUAAUAACUGACCCAGAUAUUUCACCAAUGGAAGCUCCACCUCCCGGGAUUACAUUACCAAAUAUUCCACUACCCGAGAUCCCACCAAUAACAACUGACCCAGAUAUUUCACCAAUGGAAGCUCCACCUCCCGGGAUUACAUUACCAAAUAUUCCACUACCCGAGAUCCCACCAAUAACAACUGACCCAGAUAUUCCACCACCCGAGAUUUCACCAACGAAAACUCCACCACCUCCCAGGAUUACACUACCAAAUAUUCCACUUCCGGAGAUUUUCCCAGAACCAGUCACUCCACCACCCGGAAUUACACCACCAGAGAUUUCACCAAUGGAAAUUGAACCAGAAACUUCACCACCAGAGAUUACACCACCACAAAUUCAACCACCCAAGAUUUCACCACCCGAAACUGAACCAAAGACUCCACCACCCGAGAUUACACCACCAAAAAUGCAACCACCAGAGAUUCAACCACCAAAAAUUCAACCACCAGAGCUUACACCACCACAAAUGGAACCAGAGAUUCCACCGCCUGAGGAUACACCACCAGAAAUUCAACCACCAAAAAUUUCACCACCUGAUACACCACCACCUAGGAUUCCACCAUCCGGGACUCCACCAAAACAAACUCCACCACUUCCUCCUCCGAAAUUCCAACCACCACCGCCCCCACUGCCCACAUGUCCCAAGAAUGCCGCUCAACAAAGAGCAUGUGCCAAUGUUGUAAGACGUUAUGGGAAUUUCCUAGACUUUGGCAGAGCACGACCAUGUUGCUCUCUUAUUCGUGAUUUGUCUGAUAGCGAAGCAGCAGCUUGCCUAUGUGGUUUUGUGCAACCACGAGGUCAACGACGUUCCCCUCCUUCUCGCAAUGUUUUUGUUCUUUGUAGGGCUUGUGGUCUCAGCGUUCCCCGAGGUUUCAUGUGCCCAUAAUCUUUUCCACCCACUCUUCAAAUUUCCUCGAUACACACUAAUACUUACGUACCCUUUUAUACAGAACUAAAUGGUUGCCACUCUUUUAAUUUUACGUUCUACUAAUAACAAUGUAAUAAUAAAACAUAAAUAAAGUCUAUAUUGACCUUCAUUG